UACUUUUCAAAGCCAUUGCGAUAUGCGACAUUGCUGUUUUAUCGUUGGUCGAGUGAAGUAUCGUUGAUUUCCAUCCGAGCUUAUCCUCCCAAGUUAAAUCAGUGAUAAUUGUGGUAUUUAGUUAUGAUUAACUAUUAACAUGUACCGCAAGUGUUGUGUGGAAAACUGUGCAAGUGUACGACAGGACGUUAAAUUGCACCAGUUUCCUGCAUCGGAGAUAGGACUCCAAAAGUGGCUUCAGUGCAUUAACAGUGAUCGGCUUCGUAACCUGAGUAUCCAGGAACUGCGGAAGGUGUUUGUGUGCCACAAACACUUUGAACGUAGGUUCAUAACUCCAAAGAACCGGAUACUACUUGGUGGUUAUCCCACUUUAUUCUCUCAGGGAGAGAUUGAAAGUGGUGUACCAAGUCCCCAAUUGGAAGCCGAUCUAACUGCGCAUAUAACGUUUGAUCAUUGCUAUGAUAGACGUCGCCAGCAUGAAGAUCACACCUACUCUAAAGUCAUCUCUUCAGAAAUUGCUGGCUGUUCACAGGAUCUACCACCAGCUGUGUCAGAUCCACAGAUUCUACGAGGGCAGCAUACUGUUUCAGUGUCAUCCCUGCGGCAACUGGCUGCUGCUGCUGUGCCGAGUCCUCAGGCGGCGCCCGAGCCGCUUGCUGCCACAGGCUCUCCAUUGGAUCAUCAGGCAGAAGUGCUAAAACCACAGGGCCGCGAGGAGCCUAAUGUAUCAGACUCAUUACUAGAGCAACGGCCAGUGCUUCGGGAAAUCCAAAAUAUACCAUGCCAGUCUACAGUGCCAGGCUCAACACGGAACUCAACUGUUUUGAAAGAAACCCCUGAUCUACCCGACAAGACUCGUGAAUCAGGAAACGAGAGUAACCGGAAACGUAAACGUGGUACCAGAGGUACCGAUUCCCGACCCGGCCAACGAAAACGAAUCGUACCUAGAGUGGCAGCCUUGCCUCCGUACUGUCGCAAAAUAUACGACGAGUACAAGAAAUCCAAGAAGCAGUUGGACUUUAUGAAAAGAGCCAAGAGGGCCAUGACAUUUUCAAAGACGCAAUGUUUUGAAAAGUUAACCAGCAACUUAAAUCCCCUGGCAAGGAAAAUGAUUUGGAUGCAAAUAACCCAAAGCAACAAGAAACAAAAAGGAAGACGAUUUACAGAGGAAGAAAAAUGA